AUGGCUGAAACCUUUAAUGGUUUUAUAAUCAAUGCUAGAACCAAGCAUUUGAUUUACAUGAUGGAGGAUAUUAGGGUGGCACUUAUGCAAAGAUUAUGUAAUAAGAGGCAGUCAAUGGAGAAGUCAAGUGGCAAGAUAUGUCCUAGGAUCCAAGCUAUGCUUGAUAAAGAGAAGGAUAAGGCAGCUAAUUGUGAUGUGAUGCCCUCCAUAGAGCACAUUUUCAAUGUCAGAUAUUAUCUUGAUCAGCUCAUUGUAGACUUACAUUCUAGGACCUGUACAUGUAGAAAAUGGGAUCUGCUUGGAGUGCCUUGUUGUCAUGCAGUUGCAUGUUUAUUCUUUUUGCAUAAAGAUGCAGAGGAUUAUGUAGAUGAAGCUUAUAGGAGAGAAGCAUAUUUGACAGCUUAUGGGGGCUCUAUACCACCUUGUGAGGGUGAAAGGUUCUGGCCAAGAGUGGAGUGUGAUCUAGAUCCACCAAAAAUAAAAGUUGGUCCAGGGAGGCCAAGAAAAAACAGAAUAAGAGAUCCAUAUGAAGAUCCAAAGAAGCCUGGUGUUCUAACUAGGCAUGGUAUGCAAAUGACUUGCACCAACUGUAAUGAGAAGGGUCAUAACAAGAGGGGUUGUCCUAGGAAAGAUUCUGCUGUGCAACAACAACCUCCAACCAAAAAGCCAAGAGGGAGGCCAAAGAAACAAGCAGCAAGUACUGAACCAGUUGCACAAUCACAACCUUCUGCCAAUCAUCACUCUACUACUGCUCAGCCAACCCAACUUGGAAGGGGAGGCAGAAUGAUUUUGGGUGGAGUAGGUGCAAGAGGAGGCUCCAAUGCAAGAGGCAGAGGGAGGAAUGGACAUGCUGGUGGCAGAGGGAGGAGUGAGAAGCUGGUGGCAGAGGGAAUACAAGAGGCAGGGGCAGAAGAGGAAAUCAGGUACCAGUUGGUGUUGGGGUUUACAUAG